AUGAGCGAUUCAUCGGAGAUUUUUUGUCAUUGCGGUUGCGAUACUCCCGGGACGUUUAAACAAGAGGAAUCGCCAAGCGAACCUUGCUGCUGUUGUGAUUAUAAUCCGUUUAGUGAUAAUUCCAAGGACGCGGAAAUUUACGAUCUUCCGUUUGCCCUAAGAAAAUUAACGGUAAUGAAGUGUCAAAUGAAAAAAUGGCGAAUGGAACGACUCCAAUUGGAAAGUGAAACACGAUGUCUAAAGCAGUCGCUACAACAAUAUGGUAUUAAUAUUAAUGAGGCGUUAAAACCUGAUCCUCUGAUUAUUCACUACCGAGAGGAGAAUUUGAGACUCGAAAAUCUUAAUGACGAAUUGCGGGAUCAAGUAAAGAACCUCACAGAAACUUUGGCUGAACGAGAUUAUUCCGAUGAUCCAUGUGAUUCUGUAAAGUUCAUCAGAGAGAAAAUAAAGGAAGUUCGCGAAAAAUUUGCCGAAGAAAAAAAAGAAUUAAGGGAAAAAAUAGCGGCGUUAAAUUUGAGAAUAGAAGAAAUGGAUGACGACACAUCGUGUGCAGCUUUAAAUCGUUUGAGAGGAAAACUUCGGGAAUUGAUGAAAGGAGGCCAGAAAACUGACCAUGAAGUUUCAUCGGUGAUGGAAAAAUCUAUAGAAACUAUGAUGGAACUUUCAAAAAGUUGCUCGGAUUUAAAAUCGGAAAAUGAAAACCUUCUGGCUCAAUUGGAAGCCCUUCAAAGAAAAUUAGGUCCGGACGGAGAAAAUUUUGCCGAGUGUCAUGAGAAACUUGAAAAAUUCGAAGCCCUUGUUGCUGAUUUGAAAAAAGAACUUAUUGAUAAGAAUCAAGUUGUCGGUGACCUGGAAAACGUGAAUUACAAUCAAAGAAGAAUAUCCGAACAACUUGAAAUUGAUUUGGAUAAAAUUACCGUCAGUCGCAAUGCAUUGAUGAAUGAAUUCGAUGCCCUCAAAAGUGAAUUAAUCCAAAAGGAUUCAAAGAUUAACGAACUCAUGAGAGAUUUGAGAGCAUCGACUGUCGAUCGUCUGGGCCUGGAACAAUUGUCCAAAGAAAUUGAAACAAUGAAACCGCAAUUGUACGAUCUCGAAGUUGAGAAUAAUAAUUUACUGGACGAAUUGACGAAAAUUCGUGGCAUUGUUUCGGAGAGAAAUGAAAAAAUAAUGGAAAUUUUCGAGGAGAAGCAAAAAAUAGGCGACGAGUGCAGUGUCAAGUUACUUGCGAUGCAAACAAAAAUGGACGCCUUAUUGAAUCAGGAAAAUUUAUAUAAAACAGAAAUAAAAAAUUUGACAAAUUCCUUGAACACUUUAGAAAAUAGUUUAGAACAGUCAAAGGAUAAAAUUUCCGAAUUAGAGGAAAAUAGAAAUAAUAAUGAGGAAUUGAUGAAGAAAAUAGAAGAACUACAGAAUUAUUGUUCAAAAUUAGAAAAAAGUUUCGAAGAAAUGAUGAAUGAAAUAAGUUCCAUUCAAAAUGCGCUCAACACCAUGAAAUCUGAGAAAGAAAAAUUAUUAGAAGAUUUAAAGUUAGCGGAAAUUAAAAUUACGCAAAUGGAGAAAGAGCUAAAAAAUGCUUUUGAAGAAAAAGAAGCAAUUUCUGUCGAACUUGAGAAAAUUAGUGAAAAUUGUCAAAAGGCUGAAAUUGAGAAUGAAACACUAAGAAAUAAUUGGCAAAACCAAGAAGAAAGGAUAAAAAAAUUAAGUGAAGUAAACGAAGAAAUAAAUGUGGAAAAUAAAAAUAUUAUUGCCGAGAAGAAAAAAAUUGAGAACGACAAGAAUGAGGUACUUAAGGAAAAUGGAAAAUUGAAGGAGGAAGUCGAUCAACUUAGGAAAACGUUGCAAAAACAAAAGGACGAAUUAGAAAAAUUGGGGGAAAAUUUACAAAAAUUGAUUUCAAGGAAUGAGGAGGAAAAAAAGUUGACAUCUUCUCUCGAAACCGAAUUGCAAAAAUUAAGGAAAGAAAACGAAGAAUUACAAGUGAAAAAUAAAAAUGAAAAAUUGAAGAAAGAUGUGAAUUCGGCAGAGGACGAAAAUUUGAGAUUAAAAACAAAAGUCGAGGAAGAGACGCAGAGAGAGAAUGAAGAGGGGAAAAAAUUGAAAAUUGAAAACGAACAAAUGGGAAGAGAUUUAGUGGAAAUGAGAAAAGAAUUAAAGAAUUACGAAGAAGACCUGAAGAAAUUCGAAGAAGAAAACAAAAAACUAAAGAUGGAAUUCGAGAAUUCGGAAAAGAAAAAAGAAGCACUCGAGGACGAAUUAGUGACACUGAAGAAUAAAUUAAAAGAUUUCCUCGUCAAUUUCGAUCGAAUUAAGGAAAAAAAUGAUAAACUCGAGGCAGAAAAUAACCGACUUCAAAAAUAUUCCCUAGAACUUAGGGACGAUUCGUCGAGACUAGAAAAUGAAAAAACGGAAUUGAAACUCGAACUCUCGAAAUUAAAGACUGAACUCGGAAAAAUAGUGGCAAACACCGGAGAAUUGAGGGAAGAAAACGAAAAGUUGAAAAAAUUGAACGAAAAAGGGGAAAAAGAGAACGAGAGGUUAAAAAAUGAAAUUGACAAUCGACAAGCCACGGAAGAAACUUUGAAGAAAGAAACAAAAAAUUUUGAAGAAGAGAAAAAGAAGCUAAAAGAAAUUUCUUCACUUUUGGAAGACGAGAAUAAACGCCUUAGGGAAAAAGUUGAAAAUUCGACGAAAAACGAGGAGGAACGACAAAAACAAGAAGCAGAGGAAAUGUUGAUCGAUAGAAAUAGCAAAGAGGCAUCAUUGAAAGAAGCAACUAAUCUUCAAUUGGAAUUAUCAGCAAUGAGAACUGAAUUGGAAAAGACGAGAGCAGACAAUGAACGUUUAAAAACCGAUCAUGAAGAAUUGAACCGAAAUCUAAAGACUCGACGAGCGGAGAAUGAUGCUUCAAAACUGGAACAAGAGAAAUUAGAAAAGAAUUUAAUUUCCCACGCGGAGGAAAAUGCGAAACUAAAACAAUUAUUAGAAAAAACGAAAAAUGAUUUAGAAAAAAGUAUUUUCGAUUUUCAAGAAUAUCGAGAAGGAAAGGAGAAAUAUUUACAAAAUCAAACGAAUCUGAAUCAAAAUUUAGAGAAACAACACCAAGAACAAGAGAAACUGCAAAAAGAAAUGGAAGAAACGCAAGAUAAUUUGAGGGCUGAAUUGCAAAAAUUAAAAAAUGAUAAUGAAUACUUGAGAAAUGAUUGCGAAAAAUUGCAAAUUGAGAAUGAAAAAAUGAAGAGUGAAAAGAGAUCAUCUGAUAACGAAUCUGGUGAUUUUUUCAAAUCGACUCAACAACUAAAUUGUAGAAUUCAGACGCAAAAUGAAGCAAUCGAUCGUAUUAGAGAAUUUAUGGAAUGCAUGGAAGAUAGAAAUAAAGUAAAGCCAAAAAUGGAGAAAGAUUUUAAAUUAAUUGAUGAAUCUGGUGAUUGGAUAAAUCCAACAGUUAAUGAGAAAAUUGGAGAUUCAGAAAAGGGUGAUUUUAAUAGCGAUUCAUGGCUAAAAUCAUUGACAUUGGAGCAAUUAGCUGAGCUUCAUGAUAAAAUUUGUCAUCAAACAACAUUAAUUAUUGAAAGUGACAGUGAUUCAUUGCCAUUGAAGGGUGAAAUUAUCGAUAAUCAAUUACGAAUUGCUACACUUCAAAGGCAUAUUGCCGAAAAGCAAUUGGAAGCUGCGAAAAAAAUGCACGAAAUGAAGAGAUUUUUACGUCAGGAGCAACUUCGUUUAAUUCAAAUUGCCGAAAAUAUGGUGCGUGAGAAAAAGAGGAAUUUUGAUUUUCAAAUGACUAUCGAUCAGGAUCCAUGUUGGAUUAAUGAUUGUGACGCUGAUUGUGGAUAUUUUGGCAAGAAAUUUACGCGCAAAUCGUAA